CGUAUACAUACUCGAAACCCGUCUCUGGAAAAGGCAAUAGCAAUUUGCCGAUUUACGAAUAUAAGAUAAGAGAACAGAAGACAAAGGGUAAAAUGGUAAAUCAUCACAACACGCCAAAAACGACGCCGCGUAAGAAAACCCAGUGCGGUUCGACGCUGGUGCAGAUCAUCGAAGCGCCGCUGGAAGUGGUGUGGUCAAUACUACGUCGUUUCGAAAACCCACAAGCGUACAAGCGGUUCGUAAGGACGUGCACCAUACGCGCCGGCGACGGCGUCGGAAAAGGCUCCGUGAGGGAUGUGACGAUUGUCUCCGGCCUCCCCGCGGCGUUCAGCUCCGAGAGGCUCGACGAGCUCGACGACGAUUCCCACGUCAUCGUCGUCAGCUUCAUCGGCGGCGACCACCGCCUUCAAAAUUACCGGUCGACCACGACGGCGAUGGCCCACGUGUCGUCAUCGGAGACGGAGAAGACGGUGGUGGUGGAGAGUUACGAGGUGGAUGUGCCCGACGGGAACACGGAGGAAGAUACGACGUCGUUUGCUGAUGCCAUCAUUCGGUCUAACCUUAGGUCAUUGGCUAAGCUUACGGAGAAGAUGGUGCGUGGUUAGAGUCCUUAAUUAUGGGUUUUAUGAUUAGU